AUGGCCAGUACCUCUUCAGCCCCGCUUCCAGCGACCAUUAGACCUGUGCCCGCCGAUCUCUUCGGCGGUGUGCAAUACUUCAUCAACAACGACGUUGAUGAGACCACUCAACAAGAAGGUGGAGCACGCCAACACGACGAGCACUCCAUACCAAGCAGCAGUCAAGCAGACGAUGGCAAUGUCCGCUUUCGAUUGGAUACAGUCACCCACGUCCUUGCUCUCAGCGUCGACUUUGCCGAGUACCCGCAAUGCAGAGAGCCUACGCAACCGGAGCAGUCCCCGACACCCAGAGGUCCCCUCGUCGUUACAGUGAGUACCUUCGUCGGAUACUCCGCAUCAUGA